UACCCACCAAUAUACAAAAUAAUGUUUUUACCUACCUCAAUUUGAAUAAGUGAUCAUGAUUACUUAAAUUGGUGAUAUUUCAACUGAAAUGUAUCGAUCAAAAAAUUUAGCGAUGAUUUCCAUUAAUUUGAAAAUAUUAUGUUGCUGUUUGAUCCCUUCACACGUAUUGGGUACGAAUAUAGUUGAACCUGAUUUUGGAAGUUUGAAUAUUCGCGUGGGAAAAAUUUUGGAAGUAAGCUGUCAUCCGGAACAUCCAGAAUUAGCGCUCAUAAGAGUCGAUUUUGCCACAUUCGCGCCAACAGUGAUCCUCAGCAACCUUUACAGAUACAAAAUACCUUUAGGACACCUCCGAAAUAAAAAGACAUUAUUUUUACUGAACAUCGCAUCACUACAGUUGUACAAUAUUAGCCAUACACCAGGUGAAUUUUCCAAUGGAAUGUUACUUUUAGCCCACGAUGGAGAAUCAGAAGAUAUUCUGGAUGUGCCUCCAAAAGCUGUUCAAGGAGAUAUUGUUGAAGUUGAAGGAUACAGUAGAUAUCAACAAGGUACUAAUUUGAAGCUUGAAGAUUUUGAAAAAAUUGCCGAUGAUUUAUACAUAAAUUCUUGGAAUGUUGCUACUUAUAAAGACAAAGAAUUUAAAAUUAGGGAGGAAGGAUGUGUUACUACAAAAGCAGUGCACGAUUGUCCAAUAAUAGCGGUUUGAGAAUGUCUCACUUACUUAUUCAAUGAUCUGCUUUCGCAUAAGUAUAGGUACGAGUAAUUAGGUACAUCUAAGUAAAUGUUAUAUUUUUUAUGAUUACACGCUUGUUUGGGUAAGCUCUAGUUGGCUAUAGGUAUACUUACCUAAUAAUAAAAUUUAAGUAUUCUUUGCUUCAAAAAAAUAAUAAUAAAAUGAGUAUAAAAAUGUG